AUGCAGGAUAUCAUGUAUAAUGAUUUUCUGAAGAUAAUAUAUCAUAAUAGACGAAAGGAAGAAAGUAUUAAUUGGAUUUUACUCAAAACAACAAAGAUGUCUUCAGACAAUGAUUUAAUCGUAUUAUUUUCAUCAUUGGUUACAAAUAUACAUAAAUAUGUAGGAAAACAUUACGAAAAAAUCCAUGUUCAAUUUAUUUAA